AUGCGCUUACUACAGAAAAUUUGGGAAAUCUCUUCAAAACUUUUACCGUCAGAAACAUAUCAGAAGUUAUCCAGAUUGAUCCAUACCAAGGACGUCUUGAGUGUCAUCUUGACAGUAGCGCAAGAAUAUAUGUAUUUCUCUAAAAUUCGAUUACUUGAAACAAAUCAUUGGAUUGUUAACUGCCUAAUCACAGCAUUUAUAACAUAUUUGCUUCAGCUGGAGUUUCAUAUCAAUAUGUUGUAUGUAAAUUGUGUUUGUGUAUUAAAAGCCUGUUUCAAAAAAAUCAACGACGAUCUGAAUUACAUGCAGAGACUUAUGACAAACGACAUGAAAUCAUCUGUUCCUAGUUUAAUUUGCUCAACGCAGAGAAAUCAAAUUUUUUUAAUAGAACUGAAAACUUUGAUGAAACAACAUCUAAUGAUUAACGAAAUUGUGCGACUGCUAAAUAUAAUCUUCAGCUUACAACUUCUUGCAACUGUAAUCGUGACCUUUGUUGAAAUUACUUGUGAAUUGUAUCAUUACAUAGUGCACUGGCAAGGCGAGGUAAUCAUUACUUUUGAUCGGAAUUUUCUUGAUACGUUUUUAACAUCCAUGACGCAUUAUGUUAUGAAAGUAAUUCUAAUUGUAUGGGCCUGCGAGACCGGCAAGAAUCAAACCCGAGAGAUCGGCAUUACCAUUUACGAUGUACUUAAUAGCACAAGAGAUAAGCAAAUCAAAGGCGAGUUGCAACUCUUUUCUUUACAAAUAUUGCAUUGCAAAAAUACAUUUUUGACGAAAGGUCUCGCUAUGGACGCGACACUUCUCGCAGCAAUGGUGGGUGGCAUCACGACAUACAUGUUAAUUUUGAUACAAUUUCUAAUUGCGGCACAUUCUUGUGAUGAGAAAUCUGGAAUUAAUAUUACAAAUAAUUCAAGCAAGAGGAAGAGAUAA